AGAUCAAGUUUCCAACAGGAUUCCCCAGGUAAGAUGCUCAAGGGGCGUUGAUGUCAUUGCGCGGAAGUGAGCAGGACCACAGUGCUGGGCACAGAUAGCAGUGCCACUGAAGAAGACAAUAGAGAAGGACAACCUGGGAGUCUCAACUGGAAUUCACUACUGAGCUGGAGCAUCAACGGGGUUCAGGAUGUCACAUCAGACGGGGAUUCACGCAACUUCAGACUUGAGAGAGUUCCUCAUAAAGGCCAGAAGAGGAGCUUUCAGAGCACUGAAGAUUGUUAUAAGGAGCGAGCAGCUGGUGUUGGGAGCAUACAGAGAGGUUUCUCAGAGCUGGGAUCAGGACUAUGACGCAUGUGUUUUGCCUAUGCUGGAUGGCCUAGAACCCUGUUAUAUCCUGUACCGGCUCGACUCACACAACCAGCUGGGAUAUGAGUGGCUGUUUAUCUCCUGGUCACCAGACCAGUCUCCAGUGAGGUUAAAGAUGGUUUAUGCUGCCACUCGAGCCACACUGAAGAAAGAGUUUGGGGGAAGCCACAUAAAUGAUGAAGUGUUUGGAACAGUCCAGGAAGACGUCUCUUUUCAAGGUUAUCUACGACACCUGUCUUCUUCCUCCUGCCCAGCUCCCCUCACCACUGCUGAGCAACAGCUUCAUCAGAUCAAAAUCACAGAGGACGAGCGAAGAAUUGUUCGCCCUGUUGCCACUGUUAGUGGGCAAGGAAAGACAGAGAUCAACGUGGAGAGUAAAAACCCGACUUUGCAGGGUUUAGCAUUCCCAUUGCAGGAGGAGGCUAAACAUGCUUUACAGCAGUUUAAACACAAGCGCAUCAAUUACAUUCAACUAAGGCUAGAUACUGAACGAGAGACUAUUGAACUGGUCCACACUAGUCCAACAGAGACCAAAGAGCUGCCAAGCAGAAUCCCCACUGAUGCCCCGCGAUACCACUUCUUUCUCUACAAGCACGCACAUCAAGGACAGCCUCUGGAAGCUGUAGUUUUCAUCUACUCCAUGCCUGGGUAUAGCUGUAGCAUUAAAGAAAGGAUGCUCUACUCCAGCUGUAAGAAUCGACUGCUGGAUGAGGUCGAAAGAGACUAUCACAUAGAGAUCGCCAAAAAGAUGGAGAUUGAAAGUGGAGACGGGCUGACGGAGGAUUUUCUGUAUGAAGAGGUAUACCCGAAACACCAUGCGCUGAGGCAAGCCUUCAGCAAGCCAAAAGGCCCAACAGGGAAACGAGGGAACAAGCGGCUCAUCAGAGGAGCUGGAGAGAAUGGAGAUGAGAGCUAGACUCAUAGGCCUACAGUAAAAACAAAACAUUUUAAAUGACAUCUAAUACACGUUUCAUUUCACCCUCAUUUCUCUGUAGCCAGUUUCUUGCUUAAGCUGUACCUUUCCUUGUUAUCAUUUUUUAUGUUUGACUUUGAUAAUCUCCUUUCACUCUGAUACAUAUUCUGGCAUGGUUUACAAGGCCACAUAAAGGUGUUGUUUAGGUGAUGAUUUUUAUGUAAUAAUUCCCAAUAAAAUACAUUAAUCUGUCUUA